UGUAACUGGGUAGAAAUGAAGUACCACGUUAUCCUUUUGAUUGCCUUGGUGUCUGCUGCGGUGCUGUUGGACAGUUCUGAUGCGUGGAGAUUAAGGGUACGGUUCCGACGUGUAUGGAGGGUAGUUAAAGCCCCGAUAUGCAGAUGGGCAGUUUCAAAGGUGUGUAGGGUUGUUGGCUGUACAUAUGCGGGUCCAUAUGGCUGUGUAGUUGCUAGAUAUGGUUGUUCCUGGGCAAGCAGAAAAGUUUGCGGUAGAAGAAGGAGACGGGAAUUAGUCGAGGAUACUUUGGAGAAAGGUGACCACCUCAUCCCAUUACCAGCUCUCUUUGAAACUUAUGACCUGGAUAACGACGAGCAAAUUUCUGUACAAGAGUUGGCUCUAGCUACGGGGAUGGACGAACUUGAGACACUUAAUGUGGUGUUCCCGUUAUGUGACGACGAUGGUGACGGCUUCCUGUCUCACGAUGAGUUUAUUAAUUCCCCACUCAUCUUUGAAGACCCUGAAGACAUCGAAAUGGAACGCAAAGAGGUGGCUGAAGAAAUGAAAAAGAAAACAGACGCUGAAACAUCAGAUACAGAGGGAUCCGGAAACACGUCUGCUAAAUCUGCAGAAGAUGGUGGUGAACGUGCCGUGGAUAAGUCAAAAGCCUCCGAUGAAGACGGGGCGCCAAAGAACCAACAAGAGAUGUAA